AUGUCCGACCUAACGACACUAGUCCUCGUACACGGUUCUUGGCACCAACCGUCAUGCUACAACAAGAUCAUCAAACUCCUCCAACCAAAGCUUAAAUGUGUCGCAGUAGCGCUUCCAUCUACAGCGAAUAAUCCAAAUGCAACAUUCAAGGAUGACCUUGAAGCCACCAAUGAGGCUAUCGCCAAAGAAACAGCCAGCGGGCGUAAUGUCGUCGUUGUCGCUCAUUCCUACGGCGGCAUAGUUGGCGGCAGCGCGAUCAAGGGAUUCGCGCGGCCAAACGACAGGCCCAAAAACAACUCUGAGUCCUCGACUGGAUACGUAAUUGGCCUUAUUCUGAUAGCCUCCGGCUUCUGCAUUGCCGGGCUGUCCUUUAUGGACCCGUUCUUUGGGCACCCGCCUCCCUCCUGGCGUGUGAACAAGGAGACUGGCUACGCUGACCUGGUCACGCCGCCGAAAGAGCUCUUUUAUCACGAUGUUCCUGAUGAUGAAGUCGAGCAUUGGAUAUCUGAGCUGACUACCCAGAGUCUCAAGGCCUUGUUCGAAGGUGGUGAACAUACCUACGAGGGCUGGAAGGAGGUGCCUGUCUGGUAUAUUGGUACUGUCGAAGACCGAGGACUACCCGUUGCGGCACAGCGAAUGGGAGUCGGAUUGGCCAGAGAGUUGGGCGCGAGGGUGGAACAUCGCGAGCUGCAGACGAGUCAUUCACCAUUCUUGAGUCAGCCGGAAGCAACGGUGGGGAUUAUGCUGGAUGCUUUAGAAGACUUCACAGGGCAGUCUGUGAAAGACCAUGAAGUGACGGGGGAACGCAGCGCAGUGGGCAUUAUUGUGGCAGCCGUCUACUUGGUUUAG